AAAAUUCCCUGUUUGGUUAGAUUCACCAAACAGUUUUAAGCAUAAUCCCCAAAAAAUAACGCAUCAAAAUAGCUCCUCGAUCCCGCCCCCGCCAUCCAAUUAGCUCCGAAGCCAGUAAGGACAAGCAAUAAAAUAAGGUAGAAGUUUCUCGAUGGCGAUUCUUUACGCGUUGGUAGCUCGAGGCACGGUUGUUCUGGCGGAGUUCAGCGCCGUGACGGGUAACACCGGUGCGGUGGCACGACGGAUCCUCGAGAAACUUCCGGAAGAGGCCGAUUCAAGGCUCUGUUUAUCGCAGGAUCGUUAUAUCUUUCAUAUACUGAGAUCGGAUGGCCUCACUUUCCUCUGUAUGGCUAAUGAUUCAUUUGGAAGGAGAGUUCCAUUUUCGUAUUUGGAGGAUAUUCACAUGAGGUUCAUGAAAAACUAUGGCAGAGUGGCUCAUUAUGCGCCAGCAUAUGCAAUGAAUGAUGAGUUCUCACGUGUGUUGCAUCAACAAAUGGAGUUUUUUUCCAGUAGUCCAAGUGCAGAUACUCUCAAUCGUGUUAGAGGUGAAGUGAGCGAGAUACGUACAAUUAUGGUGGAAAACAUUGAGAAGAUACUUGAGAGAGGUGACAGGAUUGAGCUUCUUGUGGACAAAACGGCAACAAUGCAAGAUGGUGCAUUUCACUUCAAGAAACAGUCUAAACGCCUUCGUCAAGCACUAUGGAUGAAAAAUGCCAAACUCUUGGCCAUGCUGACAUGCUUGAUUGUUCUGUUACUCUACAUAAUAAUUGCCGCCUGCUGCGGAGGCAUCACUCUACCAUCAUGCAGAUCCUGAGCACAGCAGUCUUGUUUAAAUUUCCGAUGAUAUAUGAAUCUCGAAGAUUAUUUAUGCAAAUUUGUCCCAAGUAGGCUCAUAUGUUUUUCAAGUUUGAGGUUUCGAGGUAUAUGUGUAAGCAUAAUGUUUAUACUGCUCAACAUUCCAGAAAUAUAUGUAUAUUUCACAGCUACCUGGACCUCAUCUUUGUAUUCUGUAAAUGCGUGGAUUUAGGAUAUAUUAUUUGUUUCCAGGGUUUGAAUAACUACUUUUCGUCUUUACUUUUUCCCAUGUGCUGCAUUCGACAAUCUUGAGUCUGCA